UAUAACUAGUCUUCCCAGCCCACCCCGAAUCUGUCCUAUUCUAGUAUCCCAGUGACCUAGAUACCUACCGCUUCAAACAAUCUUCAUCGAUAUAACAAUAGAGUACAAGGCUACCCUUAAUAUUAAGACACAAGCCUUCAACGACCUACCUCAUAUCUUACACAACCUCCCCAGUACAUACAUAUUACACCUCUCAACACAAUAACAAACAUGCCUAUGAACAUGACCCCGGCCCGCCCAUUCACGGCUGCCUCGCCCGUCCACCCGAGCUACCUCCCAGCUCUCCACAAGUCCGGACGCAUCGAGAGGGGAAUCGCUACCGCGGCAGUGGCAGCCGUAGGGAUCGGGUACGGCCUGACGAAAUACAGGGCCAUCAAGGCCGAGCAGUGGCAGAAGGAGCACCACGUCGAGCAGCAGCAGACGUUCCGAAGCGCGGAGAUGGCUCCCGCGGUGGCCGUGGCGACGCCUUCGCACCGCAGCGAGGCCGUCGAGGCGCUUGAGAACGCGUACGGCGAGCGGUCGAACUUGGCUGAGUUGGAGGCUGCUGUGGCGACGUAUGAGUCUCGGCGGAAGAACUAAGCUUAUAUCGUCUUUCAUGGCAUGACCAUUAUCGUGGGUUUUUUGGAAGCGGGCGUCUGGGUUGGCUAGGUAGGUACCUAUGGGAUCUUAGGUAUCGAUGGAGUUUCGGGUGAUAUGAAAACGCAUAUGGCGAUAUACGCCAGGGGGUUAUUGGGGAUGGGUUUUGUAUGAAUGGGCUUGAGGGGAACUCGCCUCGGCUUGAUGUUUGAUGUAGUCAAAGACUACAAUUGAUAGCAAUUCAUCUCUGUUGAAUUCAACGCACGUCUCUUGCUAAGAACUUUAAGGAGAGUAUCCCCGGA